AUGGCCUGCGACAGAGAAGAGAAUCAGGAAAAGCUUCAGAAAGAAUAUGCUGGAAAUAAAAAUAUAGAGAUUUGUCGAAAUGGCCAUUAUGUUUCCCGCGCAAGCGACUACAUCAUCUACAGCGUCGAGGCCGCCGUCAUUGACCGUGUAAUUGCUCAGUAUGGACCAUCUACCAAGCUUGGUGCCAUUGUUGGAGGUCAAACCUCUUGCAAGUCCCCCGAGAUCGCUGCCUUUGAGGCUCACCUCCCCGACGACGUCGAUAUUAUCUCGUGCCACUCACUCCAUGGCCCCAAUGUUGACCCGACUAACCAACCUCUUGUGCUCAUUCAACACCGUGCCCCAGAUUCAGCUCUUCGAAAGGUUGAGAUUGUCCUCAGCUGUCUACGCUCAAAGUUUGUCCAUCUCUCGGCCCGCGAGCACGACCGCAUCACCGCCGAUACUCAAGCAGUCACCCAUGCAGCCUUCUUAUCUAUGGGUAAGGCGUGGCACGCUAACAAGCAAUUUCCUUGGGAGCUGAGUCGAUAUGUUGGCGGUAUUGAGAAUGUCAAGGUCAAUUUGAUGCUGCGCAUCUACAGUCAAAAGUGGCAUGUGUACGCCGGCCUUGCUAUUCUUAACCCUGAAGCGAGUGAACAGAUCUCACAGUACGCACGAAGCGUCACCGAUUUGUACAAACUCAUGCUCGAAGGAAACCGUGAGGGCUUCAGAGAACGAGUCUACCGUGCACGCGACAAGGUAUUUGGUCCAUCCACGACCUGGGACACACGCCCCUUGCUCGAGCCGUCAAUCCUGUCGUCCUUCUCGCUCGGCACGCCUACUGAUGAGCCUCGACCCAACAACCAUCUCUCGAUCCUUGCAAUGGUCGACUGCUGGGCGGCGCUCAAUAUUGUGCCGUACGAUCAUAUGCUCUGCAGCACUCCUCUCUUCCGCUUGCGUCUUGGUGUCACUGAAUACCUCUUCCGCAACGAAGAUGUCCUCGAGGCAGCCAUUGAGACUGCAAUCGAGGAUAAGACGUACCGUAGCGAUGAUCUGGAGUUUACUUUUGCAGCACGGGCCUGGGCUGAGUGUGUGAACCUGGGACAUUUCGAGACAUGGGAGAAGCGGUUCGUGAGUACUCAACAGUUCUUUGAACCACGGUUUGAGGAGGCCAAGGUGGUGGGUAAUCAAAUGAUGAAGAAGAUAUUGGAGAAUUCCAAGGAUAGUUAG